AUGAUGGCGGUGUGCAUGUUCUGGCUCCUCACGUACGUGGGACAAGGGCUGGACCUGGCCGUGGGGAACCGUCCCGUGAUCAUCAUGCAGGAUGCACAGGAGCAAGACUACCGGCACGGUAGUGGGAUCAGAAAGAAGAGCGAGCUGAACUCGGUAGGCAAUAACCUGUUGCACUUCAGGAUAUAUCCACCCGAGGCACCUCACCGGGACGACCUAUCCAACUGGCUGCUAUUGAACGACGAACCACGGAUCUCCUCGUGGACACCAGCAGGUAUAUUGAUCGACGAUAUGAUCAGGGAGCCAAGGGAGCUGCAGACGGUCUUCUUUGCCCUGUCACCAGCUAUGUUGAACAUGCUCUACUCGGAAUACAUGAACACCGCCACCCAGCCAGGCGACCACUUUCUACACGAGGAUCAGCAGCACCUGAACGGUGGCCCCGUGAUAGGUGGUGGCCAACGCGGGAAGAAGCUGCUGAUCGACUGUAGACACUCCAGGAACACGGUCAGCCUGCCUAUCAGAGUGUGCAACGGCGACACCGGACGGAAGAGCCUGCAAGAAACGAGACAAUCGAACUUCGACGAUAUCUUCGAGCAGAAGCUGAGCACUGCUGCGAACCUGAAGACUGACCCAAGCUCACGGGGACCCGAGAAGCCGCGGGAUUAUCAGAACGGCGCCACGUUUGUGUCCAGGCCACCGUUCGUUCUGGACACGGGCAAGCCACCCGGAAAGAGGAGUCAAACGCCUGUCGGACGCCGCUCCAUCGACCUCUCCGGAGAAAACGCCCCGCAUCAAGCUCAACCGCCGUCCUCCCCAGGGAACGACAACAACAUCGCUUCUCAAAUAAUAUUCAGAUCCACCAAGAGAAGCAUACGGUACGACAUUCCACAAAUCGACUGUCCAAACUCGGAUGACGGUAUGGAAAGGUUUGCGUGUCCUAUACCAGACACAUCGGGCAGAUACCAUUGCAUCGACGAUCACGUCCUGUGUGACGGUUUCAUAGACUGCCCUGAGGGCGCAGACGAAGAUAGGCAAGCUUGCAUGUUUUACAAAACUACGAAAAGUCACCUUGACGUAUUGGCAGAUGCCAUUUUGCGAUGGGCAAGAGGACGCUAA